GAAAAAGUCUUCAGGGAAACUGAUGCGAGAUAAUGGAUUCAGCAAGGAGUUGGUUACACAAGUUUCAACCUCGGGACCGCAUUCGAUCUUCAAGCAAGAAGAAGGAUUCCUCAGUUUGUGAAGACGAAGAUUUAACAACAAUGUCAGCAGAAGAAGCUUCAAAUGUCACCAAGCAAAAGGUUGCAGCAGCAAAACAGUAUAUUGAAAAUCAUUACAAGGAGCAAAUGAAGAACCUCCAAGAGAGGAAGGACAGACGAGUUUUGCUUGAGCAGAAGCUAGCUGAUGCUGAUGUUUCUGAAGAGGAUCAAUGUAAUCUACUGAAAUUCCUGGAGAAGAAGGAAACUGAGUAUAUGCGUAUUCAAAGGCAUAAAAUGGGUGUUGAUGAUUUUGACUUGUUAACAAUGAUUGGAAAGGGUGCAUUUGGAGAAGUGAGAGUUUGUAGGGAGAAGACAUCGGGUCAUGUGUACGCAAUGAAAAAGCUUAAGAAGUCAGAGAUGCUCCGAAGAGGACAGGUGGAACAUGUAAAAGCUGAGAGAAAUCUCCUUGCAUCUGUUGACAGCAACUGUAUUGUAAAACUAUAUUGUUCUUUCCAAGAUGAGGAGUAUCUAUACCUGAUUAUGGAAUAUCUACCUGGUGGAGAUAUGAUGACUCUACUUAUGAGAAAGGAUACCUUAACCGAAGAUGAAGCUCGGUUUUAUGUUGGUGAAACAGUUUUAGCCAUUGAAUCUAUUCACAAACAUAACUAUAUCCAUAGAGACAUCAAACCAGAUAACCUUUUACUUGAUAAAUUUGGUCAUGUGAGACUCUCUGAUUUUGGACUAUGCAAACCUUUGGAUUGCAGCACACUUGAAGAGAAGGAUCUCCCUGGAGGGGACAGUUUUAACUCCAAAUCCCAAUCUGAUAGCCAGUCUGCAUCUUCAAACCGCACUCAACAAGAACAGUUGCAAAAUUGGCAAAAGAACAGAAGAAUGCUUGCUUAUUCAACUGUAGGCACCCCAGAUUACAUUGCACCCGAAGUUCUUCUAAAGAAAGGAUACGGAAUGGAAUGUGAUUGGUGGUCACUUGGUGCUAUCAUGUAUGAAAUGCUUGUCGGGUAUCCACCUUUUUAUUCUGAUGAACCUAUGUCAACAUGUAGAAAGAUUAUAAAUUGGAAGACACAUUUGAAAUUCCCUGAAGAAGCAGAUUUGUCAGCAGAAGCAAAAGAUAUCGUUAGUAAACUGCUUUGUAACGUCGACCAGAGGCUAGGCGCAAAUGGUGCAGACGAAAUAAAGAUUCAUACAUGGUUUGAAGGCAUUGAUUGGGAUAACCUAUAUGAAAUGGAGGCUGCGUUUCUUCCAGAGGUUAACGAUGAAUUGGACACUCAAAACUUUGAGAAGUUUGAUGAGUCUGAUGAGCAUACUCAAUCUUCAUCAAAAGUUGGUCCAUGGCGAAAGAUGCUUUCAUCCAAGGAUGUUAAUUUUGUUGGAUAUACAUACAAGAAUUUUGAAAUUGUGAAUGAUUAUCAUGUGCCUGGAAUGGCUGAGCUGAAGAAGAAAACUACGAAAUCUAAGGCACCAACCAUCAAAGCAUUAUUUGAGGAUGAACAUGAAACACCAGAAACAGCUAUAAAUGAAGGAAGUUCUUGACAAAAUUCUCACAAAUUAACAGACAUUAACUGGGAGACAUCUGAUUUUAUGGGACAGAAUCUGUACUGAUGACAUUCCUGAGUUUUAUUAUUAUGUAAUCCAAUUUUGUUUUCUCAUAUAAACUAAUUCAUAGUUUCAAAUGAAUUUGAUUGUAGAAGGUCAUGACAUGUUGAAACAGAGAGAUUUGCACGUCUUCUUCAGUAAGAUCUUUUUUUUAGUAAAAGAUAGC